AUGGUUGUGACAACUCAUAACAACGGCUCCGGAGCCGAGAAAGAUGGCCUGCACACUAAACAUGUCGAACUUGGCACAGACACCCAGCUGGCACAAGCGGCUGGCCUCGAGGACCACGAGUUGGGUAUAUGGAAAUCCCUCGUUCGCUACCCAUGGGCAUCUGCAUGGUGUGUUUACGCCUGCUGGACUAUCAUUCUCCUCAGUUUCGACCUUCAAGCUGCAGGGGCUGUCGUAGGCAUCCCGACUUUUCGCAGAGACUUUGGGUAUGAGUUUGAGGGCGACUACGUACUGCCAGCGGCGUGGCAAUCUGCAUUCAGUGGCGCUCCCGUUGCAACCGCCGUGGUAUCGUCUAUUGCCUCCGCCGAGUUGGCAGAUUUCAUCGGCAGAAAGAAAGUCCUUGCCAUCGCCCUCCUCAUAUCGUUCGUUGCCGUUGCCAUCGAGUUUAUCGCAACCACCAACGCCGUUUUCUUCGCCGGCAAACUUCUCAAUGGCUUCAUGGUUGGCGCACUUGGCACGAUCAUGAUCUCGUAUAUUGGCGAGAUUACUCCGUUAGCAUUGAGCGGUAUCUUUACUUGCGGCGUGGGUGUAGCCUACGGCGUCGGGCCAUUGGUCGCCUUCAUCAUUAUAAAUUACACUGGAACAUCCCAGUCGCGUUGGGCGUACCGCACAGUGUUCUGCUGUCAGUUCGGGUUUGCAGGAGUUUCGGCUAUUCUCUGGCCAUUUAUGCCUGAGUAA